CGCUGGUUUGCGGGAGCAAUGGCAAUGAAGAAGGCAGCGGCAGUGGCCGCAGUCCGUGGCACAAGGGACCUUUGGCCAAAAGAGCUUGCGGCGCAGCAGCAUGUAGUGAACAUCAUGCAGGCUACUUGCAGUCGCUACGGAUAUGCUCCCAUCCAAACGCCGAUGCUCGAGUCAACGGACCUGUACACACGCUCCCUUGGCACGACCUCGGACAUUGUGUCCAAGGAAAUGUAUACGUUCCGUGAUCACUCCAACAACAGCUUGACGUUGCGACCCGAAUGCACCGCAGGAGUCAUUCGGUCGAUGCUGAGCAAUGGGCUGCAAUAUGCAGGCCCGCACAAGGUUUUAUACUCGGGCAGUAUGUUUCGCUACGAGCGACCGCAACGCGGGCGAUACCGCGAAUUCCAGCAAUUUGGCGUCGAGUACAUUGGAUCGAAUGGGCCACACGUUGACAUUGACGUGCUGGCCAUGGCGAACGAUGUCGUACGCACGCUUGGGCUGGACCUUACGCUGCAAAUUCAUUCGCUGGGGUGCUUGGAAAGUCGAAAAGUGUACCGCGACACACUGACGGCAUUUUUGGCCCCGCUUAAGCGCGAGCUCUCCGCCGACAGCCAACACCGAUUCGAGCGCGGCAGUGUGCUGCGCAUAUUGGACUCGAAGGACGCCCGGGACCGUGAAUUGCUCCAGGAAGCACCGCGGUUGCUCGACAGUCUCACGAAUAGUGCCCGGACGCGCUUCGACGUGGUGCUGAAUGGCCUAGCCGCACUGGGCAUUGAGUCGACGCUGGACCAUGGACUCGUUCGUGGCCUGGACUAUUACAGCCACACCGUGUUCGAGUUCAUCGACUCAAAGUCCGGGCUGGCUUGCCUUGCCGGUGGCUGUUACGAUCAUUUGGUCGAGUCACUUGGGGGUCCAGCCACGUCGUGCAUCGGAUGGGCCGCCGGAGUCGAGAGGUUGACGGCGCUGUCGACGCUGCGUCCUCCGCAGCCGACGCAGAUUGCCAUGGUGCCUGUGGGCAACGUGACCGUGCCUGCCAUGCAACUGGCGGCGUCGCUGCGGUCAGCUGGGCACACCGUGCACUGGGUGGACUAUCCCCAGCUCAAAAAGCAGAUGAAGGUGGCCGACCAGUUCGGGUGCACGUUUGCCGUGUUGGUGGGAGAAGAUGAGGUCCAAGACGGCGUUGUGACCAUCAAACAUCUUGAAAAGCGCACGCAGGAGACGGUCGCAGCCCAUUUGGUUGUCGCCUAUUUCGACGACACUGGACUUUGAAGGAGUAAAUUUGAAUCAACCAAUUCCGGAAUCGCCG